AUGGGCCUCAUGGCCCUCAAAGUCGAUAUGGAGCAGGCUUACGACUGCAUGGCAUGGGAUACACUAUCGAGAGUUAUGGAAGCUAUGGGCUUUUCUAGCCAUUUUAUACAUUGGGUGACGGAAUGCAUUACCCUCCCUUGGUUAGCUUUCCUUCUUAACGGAAAUCGAUCCCAGUGGAUCAAUGCCCGGAGUGGGCUACGCCAGGGCUGUCCCCUUUCGCCCUACUUGUUUAUCCUGUGCUCCGAACUCUUGAUAAAAGCCUUAUGGCAGCAUGGGGAAAGGCUUGGCGUUCAGAUUGUUGCUAACGGCAAGAGGGUGUCCCAUCUACUCUACAACGAUGAUAUCCUUAUCUUUGCAGAAGCCAAGCCGGAUAAUGCUAGGCGCAUUCAGCACAUUCUCACGGACUACUGCGGCUGGACUGGCCAGAAAGUCAAUCACAACAAUUUGGCUAUCAUGUUUAGUAAAAGGUUCCCCCAUUGGAAAGGUAGGCAAAUUGCAAGACAAAUUGGUUUCAAUGCUGUGAGCUCGAUAGAAUACCUUGGUAUCCCCUUGGUAAUGAGAAAGCUGAUCAAGGCUGAUUUUUCCAAUUUGGUGGCUAAGGCCUCGACGAAGAGGAAGACUGAGACUGGGGGCGGGCUCCACUAUGUGCCGUGGAGUGAGCUAUGCAAACCUGCGGACCAAGGUGGACUGGGAUUUCAUGCCUCUAGUGUGUGGCAAGGGCCUUUGAGAGAUCGGCUGGCUCUCAACUUUAUUCGACAACCUAAUAUUUUAAUGCACCGUAUCCUCAUUGGCAAAUAUGGCACGAACCCGUGGAAGGUGUGGCCAGGACACAACAUCUCGGUAUCCUGGAGGGUGAUUAAUGAUGGGGUGAUGGCUCUUCAGCCUAUUGUUCGUUGGUCGAUUGGUGAUGGCUCGGGGAUCGAUGUCCUUGGUGAUAUUUGGAUUAUGGAUAGACGGCUUGAUCAAUGGCCGACAUUUGAGGACCUCGCACAUCUUGAGAAUAAUAAAGUUAGCUUCCUGCUAAAUGAUAGCAGGGAAUGGAAUGAAGAUCUUGUCCUGCGUCAUUUUGGGGAUCCUAUGACAGCUCAAAUCCUGGCCAUCCCGUGCGGUCAGACGGGCACGAAGGACAGCCCGGAACUCAUCUGA